AUGGAGUCGCACCGCAUUGACUCUACUACCUUGGACAUGAACAUCCCAAUCGCUCAUAAGCCAUUGUGGUGGGAGAGAAAAGAGGAGGUUGCGUACAAAGCGACUUAUCUCCUAGGACAAACCGCUUUGUACUAUAUGGUGAAGCCUCCUAAACGACCGAGCCCCUCAACGCCUGUUAUUGUCGCCCUCCAUGGUGCUGGUGUUGAAGCGUCCCAUUCGUUCUGGACUAGUUCAAUACCACAACGAGAUGAGAGUUGGAUCAUUUUCCCGAAUGGAAGAACACCUUGGAUGUAUGGGGAUCAGUUGUAUCAUUUCACCGGAUUCUACAAAUGCAAGAAAAUUGGAAUAACUGGUCCUUUGAUGAACAUAGAACGAUUCUCAUCGGUCAUUCCAAUGGUGGACAAGGCACUUGCAAUACCCGCUGCUGCAUACAUCAAGUCGCAACUGUAUAUACCCUUACAUCACUCACAUGGGUCUCAUUUCAUCGAUGCUCAAUUAAAGUGGAUAUUGGAGUCGACCUUAUUGCCUGAUGACAACGACGUCUUCGCAAGUAAUCUAGUGAAGACUCCUAUAUUGAGCAUUCAUGGGUGGAGAAUUGGUCUCGGUGAUGAAGAGCUGGAACCUGAGGCGCCUCAUUGGUGGAAAACUGUACUCGCUUCCCCGAAAACUCAGUAUUUUCUGAACGAUAUAAUCAACUCCUCACAAGGUGAUCAUGAGGCAUGCAAGGAUUUCGUAUUGAGCGUGGCCACUCCCGAAGAAACCGGGAGCUUGUGCGGGAUCAAAAUCGAAGAAAUCACUGUUCCUGGUCGCCUGGGGAGAAUUUAUACUCAGAUAUCAUCUCAGAAUGAAGCGAUCAUCCAAACAAAUAAU